AUGGGAGAAUCAACAAAAGCAACUGACAGGAUAUCACAACAAAAGGGAAGACAACAAAUCCAACAAGACGGAUAUCAGUACAAACAAAAAGACAACACCAGGAACCGGAGGGACAUUAGUACAAACACAGACAACAACAGGAACUGGAGGGACAUUAGUACAAACACAGACAACAACAGGAACCGGAGGGACAUUAGUACAAACACAGACAACAACUGGAACCGGAGGGACAUUUGUACAAACAAAGACAACAACAGGAACCGGAGGGACAUUAGUACAAACACAGACAACAACAGGAACUGGAGGGACAUUAGUACAAACACAGACAACAACAGGAACCGGAGGGACAUUAGUACAAACACAGACAACAACAGGAACCGGAGGGACAUUUGUACAAACAAAGACAACAACAGGAACCGGAGGGACAAUAGUACAAACAAAGACAACAACAGGAACCUGAGGGACAUUAGUACAGACAAAAAGACAAGAACAGGAACCGGAGGGACAUUAGUACAAACAAAGACAACAACAGGAACCGGAGGGACAUUUGUACAAACAAAGACAACAACAGGAACCGGAGGGACAUUAGUACAAACAAAGACAACAACAGGAACCUGA